AUGAGGGCAGUUUUAAUUACUUUUUUCAUUAGUUUCACUUAUAUAUUGUGUGAAAAGGCUCGUUUUGAUUAUUAUCGUGUGUAUUCGAUUGAAAUUGAAAAUGAUGACCAAUUGCAAGUAAUGCAGGACUUAGAAAAUCACCAGGAUGGUCUUUUAUUUUUGACACUUCCCAUUGCCAAUCAAACAAUGGUGGAUAUUCUAGUUCCACCCCAUAAAUUUUCAGACAUUGGUGAACUUUUCCAAAAAUAUGAAAUGAAAAACAAAAUAAAAAUCGAGAAUUUGCAAAGUUUGAUCGAUGAAGAGCAGUCGGAUGGGGCUUCAUCACGAGCAGCAUUUGGUUGGAAUCGAUAUAAUACCCUGAAAGAAAUAAACGACUGGAUGGAUGAAAUGCUGCGUCAAUAUCCAAGCGUGCUCACCAAUUAUGAUAUUGGUAGAAGUUAUGAGAAACGAACGAUUCGAGCACUGAAAUUGUCAACGAGACCAGAGCUUAAAAAUCCAAUCAUAUUUGUUGAGUCGACGGUUCAUGCACGUGAAUGGAUAACUGCGGCAACUGCGACAUAUCUUCUGAACGCACUACUGACAGCAAGUGUAUCGAGACCUCAAGAUCCAGAGAUUACACCAUUGGCUAUGAACUAUGAUUGGGUGUUUGUUCCAGUUGUCAAUCCAGAUGGAUAUGUCUAUUCACACACCAACAAUCGAAUGUGGCGUAAAAAUCGAAGACCACAAUCAAAUUGGUGCGUUGGCGUUGAUGGAAAUCGCAAUUUUGGCUUUUACCAUGCACAAAGCGGUGGAUCAAAAGAUCCAUGCUCCGAAUUGUAUGGUGGUGCCAAGGCAUUUUCUGAACCAGAAACUUUUGCGCUAUCAGAAUUUGUAAAAAACUUCAACAUCAGCUUAUACCUUUCAUUUCACUCGUAUGGACAAAUGUUGCUUUUUCCCUAUGGACACUCAAAGAAACGAUCUGGUAACUAUAAGGAUUUGAUGGAAAUUGGAUUGAAAAGCGCACAAGCAAUAAAAAAACGAUUUGGAACAAUCUAUGAAGUUGGGCCCACAUCUGAAGUUUUAUAUAUUGCAUCUGGAACCUCUGCCGACUGGGUGUAUGCAAAACGAAAUGUUUCUCUCUCCUACAUUUUCGAAUUUCGCGAUGUUCGCAAUGGACGUAACGGUUUCAUAUUGCCACCGAAACAAAUCAUUCCAAAUGCACUUGAAGUAAUUGACGGUCUAAAGGUAAUGAUCAAAGAAGCAAAUCUACGAGGAUAUCUAUGAACUUCAAC